AUGGUUUUCCAAUCCCCAUCAUGGGCGUCUAGCAUGCCAUCAAGCUCAAUACCAGAUUCAACGCCGAUCUGUGACUUCAUUUUUGACGAGAAGUACAGAAGGCCUUCACUAGCCAGCUCUCGAAACCCUUUUGUGUGGGGCAUAUCGGGUGAGGGGUAUUCGGCGGUGCAAGUACGGCAACGCGUGGAUUAUCUCGCCAGAAGCCUUGCGCAGGAGUUUGGAUGGCAUCCGAAUCGGGGUUCCGAGUGGGAUAAAAUUAUAGGCAUCUUUUCGCUGAAUACGAUUGACUAUAUUCCACUUGGAUGGGCUAUCCAUAAACUAUCAGGUAUAGCAACACUCAUCAAUGCCUCUUCCACAGUAGAUGAGUUGGCAUAUCAACUCCGCGCCUCUAAAUCGUCAGUGCUAUUUACUUGCAUCCCGUUACUAGCCACAGCACUCGAAGCAGCUUCCAAAUGCGGAAUGCCACGCUCGCGAGUGUAUAUUUUGGAAAUGCCGCAGGAGCUGCUGAAUGGCUUAAGUACUCCGGCUGAGUUUACCACCAUGAGCCGACUGAUCGAGAAAGGUUCGAAGCUUUGCGACCUGGAUGCUUUGAAGUGGCAGAAGGGGCAAGGAGCAAGUCAAUGCGCCUACUUAUGCUUUUCGAGUGGGACGAGUGGAUUGCCGAAAGGAGUACUGAUUUCGCAUCGGAAUAUGAUUUCAGAGGUGCUUUUAUUAACGAGUUUUGAGAAUCACACCCGUACACCAGACCAGAAGAACGUUGUCCUGGGACUUUUGCCCCAGGGUCACAUAUUUGGCCUCUCUGUUUUUCACGCUGCGGUUUUCAGAGGUGAAUGUGUGGUCGUGCUGCAUAAAUUUGAACUCGAGACACUUUUGGCUGUUAUACAGAGGUCUAGGAUAAAUGUUUUAUAUCUGGUUCCUCCCGUAAUUGUUUCCAUGGUGAAGAAUGAGGAACUCAUGAAAAAAUAUGAUCUGGGUAGUGUGCACUCAAUAAUCACUGGUGCAGCUCCUCUCGGCCUGGAAACUGCUGAGCAACUGGGCAAGCUGCAGCCAUCGUGGUCUAUCCUUCAAGCCUACGGCCUUACAGAAACCACAGCCGUUGCAACAGCCACCAGCCCGCAUGACAUCUUCUUCGGAUCAUCAGGUUCCUUACUUCCCUCAAUUGAAGCGCGCCUCGUGUCGGCUGAUGGAGACGAUAUUGAAGAGUACGAUACACCAGGAGAACUUCUCCUACGGGGCCCGACGAUUGUGCUUGGAUACCUCAAUAACGAGGCAGCAAAUAAGGCGACUUUCCAGAACGGGUGGUUGCGGACCGGAGACGAGGCUGUUUUAAGGAAGAGCGCCAAAGGAGAGGAUCAUGUUUUCAUAGUCGAUAGGAUUAAGGAGCUGAUAAAAGUGAAGGGAUUCCAAGUUGCUCCCGCUGAGCUGGAAGCGCAUCUGCUUACCCAUCCAUACGUUGCGGACACCGCUGUUAUUGCCGCUAUCGAUGAUGAUGCUGGGGAGGUCCCAAAGGCAUACGUGGUCAAGGCUAUUAAUGCACCGGUUGAUGACCACAUUUUCAUUCGCGAUAUUAAGAAGCAUGUCUCGGACCAUAAGGCGCGUUAUAAGUGGUUGAGGGGCGGCGUGGAGGUCAUUGAUGUUAUACCAAAGACUGCAAGCGGGAAGAUAUUGCGGCGUCACUUGAGAGACAGGGACCGUGGGGCGAAGGCGAAGGCGAAGGCGAAGACGAAGACAAAGGCGCGCCCGAAGUUAUAA